AUGUAUGGAGCAUUCCGGAGAGUGCAGUCAAUAAAUGCACAUGCAGGCAGAGCACCAACGUGCAUUGUGGUGUAUGUAGGAACCCAUGCUGCUCUGCCUAAACCUUUGCCUGGAAUUCCCUACAACGCAGAGUCAGCCUCAAGAUUCUUCGGAGAUGUGCCGCUGUUCAAGAAAGCAAGAUACCGUCGACAGUGGCUAUGGAACCAGCCUCGAGAGCAUGGAGGCCCGGUGUCUCAGGUCUUCUUGUUCCCUUUUCGCCGACCGACUGUGCUUGUGACCGACUAUCGCGAGGUUGUGGAUAUCUGUUCGCGCCGAUCCAAAGAGUUUGAUAGGGGUAACAGGAAUAAAGAGUGUAUUGGCGUGGUGGCUCCAAAUUUUCACUUUACGAUGCAAACUGCGGAUCCUCGACUCCAAUUUCACAAGAAGCUUAUCCGAGAUCUCAUGGCACCCAAGUUUCUCAAAGAGGCAUCGGCACCUCAAAUAUAUGACAAGGCUAUCGCCCUAAUCGCAUUGUGGAAGUUGAAAGCGUUCAAAAGCUAUGGUAGACCGUUUUCAGUGGGCAAUGAUCUCUAUUCGGCAACACUCGACAUGAUAUGCGCUGUUGCCUUUGGAAUGGACGACACAAGCUCUGCUCUACAGCACGAGAUUUCUCAUAUACAAGCCAUCAACCCUACAUUUCCCGACAUCAAGGGGGAACCUGCUUGUUUCUCAUCAGCUCCUGUAACGCCCGAACUCGAAGGUCUCUUCAACAUCCCAGAAAUGGUGUCGAUAGCUCAAGCAAGCCCUUUUCCUUCACUCUCGCAAGCCCUCGCUUUGCUCAACCCAAAGCACGCGCGGGCUCAUUGGAACAGGAAAACUCUGAUUAUGCGUCAGACAGACAAGAGCCUGCAGAAACUUACUUUGGGAGGCCCGCUUGAAUGCAAGAGUGCUCUGGAUCAACUGUUAUGGCGAGAGAUGAAUGCCGCAAAGGUGGCUGGACGGCUACCGGAUUACUACUCACCUGUUAUUAGAGAUGAACUUCUUGGGUACCUUCUGGGCGGUCACGAUAGCACAGCUGCUACUUUGUGUUGGUGGGUGAAAUACAUGUCAACCUAUCAGUCGGUCCAGACUCGGCUUCGGUAUGCCUUGCGACAAGCUCAUCUUGAUGCUCACCAAGCGUCUCGGCUACCCACCAUUGACGAAAUCUGCGAUACAUCAAUUCCAUACUUGGACGCCGUCAUGGAAGAAACUCUCCGAUACGCCUCUGUUGCAACGCUCAUCGUCCGCAUGUCAACUUGCGACACGCAGAUCUUGGGGUACCAAAUCCCCAAGGGCACAGACAUAAUGAUGUCGCUGACGGGCCCAUCAAUCACGGAGCCUGCUUUGCCGAUUCGCGAAAUGUCGCGCUCUUUGGAGUCGCAGGAGUCCAAAGAUAAGGUUCUCCCCUGGGAAGAAGAUGUAUCUCAGUUUAGGCCAGAGAGGUGGCUGAAACUGGUAAAGAGCGCUGACGGCAAAGAAGAAGAAGUGUUUGACCCGCGAGCUGGGCCGAAUCUUGCCUUUUCAGCCGGGCCUAGACAGUGCUUUGGGAAAAAGCUAGCAUAUAUGAAGCUGAGAGUGGUGAUGACGCUGUUGAUAUGGAGCUUUGAGUUCCAAGAGCUUGAUCAGUCGUUGAACGGGCCGGAUAUUAUCGAGAAGCUAGUAAAUCUACCAAAAGAUUGUUACGUCAAACUGGCGAGGGCGUGAUUGAGGCGAUACUGCUGGAAUUUGGAACUUCAUACGUACACCCUUUCAUUUGCAGGAUACUUGUGACUAGGUACUGUAGAAGCAUUUUAUGUAAAAUAGAUGAUUCAGACAUGAUUAAAAAA